AUGUACUCUGGCCACAUCCGUGAACCAACUAUUAUUUUAGAAGCAGUUGCUUUAUAUGAUCUCUGGAUAUGGCAUGCAUUUUUUGGCAUGCCCGGUUCACAUAACGAUAUUAAUGUGCUAGAGAGAUCUUUUAUUUUCACGGAACUUGCCCAAGGGCGUGCUCCACCAGUCAAUUACACAAUCAAUGGCAACAACUACACUAUGGAGUACUACCUUGCCGAUGGUAUUUGUCCCAAGUGGUCAACGUUUGUAAAGACGAUUCCAUCACCUCAAGGGAAUAAGAAGAAAAACUUUGUUGCAGCACAAGAAUCUGCAAGAAAAGAUGUCGAGCGUGCUUUCGGGGUAUUUCAACAACGAUUUGUAAUCGUUCGUGGACCUUCUCGAUUAUUCAAAGUCAAUGACUUAACAAAUAUAAUGAAAGCAUGUGUUAUUUUACAUAACAUAAUCAUUGAGGACGAGCGUGAUGAUAAUCAGGGUCUAAACAUGGAGUAUGAUCAACUUGAGCUCGGCACAUCAUCAACUACAAGCAGAUUUAAUUGA